UACGGCACAAAUACUAUGCGGUUGGCAUAAUCAGCUGCUGUGUAACCGGGACCCGGGAGCCGGAGAAUCAGAGUCGACGAUCGAAGUGAGGGUACUAUUUAACUUAUUUAUUUAAUACUUACUCGUAGUCGGGCACUUCAGCGACAUAACGUCGUCGAGUGCAUCGAAUAUAUCCGUCACCUCUUGGUGGCUGUUCCCGAAAAAAGACACUAUCUGAUUUUAAAUCCGUUUGAAAUCCAAACGUCAAAAUUAAUUGACAAAGAGAGCGAUUGUUUCGACGUUGACAGUCAUGUCGUCGCUAAAAUGGUUUGAAGGCGAUUCCAAAACAGCUCUUCAACAGAUGAUGGACCGAAAUUGCGCGCUUUUGAUCUAUAUAGGAAAUGGAAAUGAUGAUCUUUCAAAGAUUUUUGAUGAUACCAAUGUCAUUCAAUUGCUGAACAAUGAACUCUUUUUAUGCUAUAAAAUGGAUCCACUGGGUCCAAGUUUUAAAAAAUUUAAAGCUAUUUUCAAAAAUGUCAAUAUUCCAUCGAUUUAUUUACUAGAAAAAAAUAAUUCUCAUCAUUAUAUCAUAAACAAGAAACAAGUUUUAACAAAUCCUAAUGAUAUUCAACUGGAUUUGAAAAGUCAAUUAUUGAAUGCUAUUCAAUGUAUUAUAAAAGAUAUUUCUGACUCAAUCAAUGUUGAUGACAAUAAACAGAAAUAUUUACAAUACUUGACUGAUAUUACUAACAAGUUGCGUGUCUUUGAUAGUCCUAAUAUAAAUUCUGGUGUCGAAAAUGUGGCAGAAGAAAUUAAAAAAUCUAAUGAUAUUGCAAAAAUUAAAUUCAAAGUUCCUUGUAAAGAUUUUGUGAUAGUCAAAGAAUUUCAAACAAGUUCUUUACUCAAAGAUAUUGCUACUUAUAUAUUAAAUGAAGUUCAUCUCUCAGGAAGGCAUAUAAAACUUAUAGCUCAUCGACAAUUUACUGAUGAAGAUUUUGACCAAACAUUAGAUGCAUUAAAUUUGUGUCCAUCGUCAACUAUUUAUGUGCAUAUGGAUACAAAACAAUCAAAUCAGUGGCUGUACUCCAUUCUAAAUUAUCAAUCUUGGCUUGGAAAUUUAGUUAAUUUUACCAUAAUCAACCCAUUCAAUUUUAUUCAAGAUUUUUUAAUGAGUUUUGCAAGACCAUCGCCAUCUGUUGAAGCUCCAAGAACGAUUAAUCAUCAGAAUAAAAAUAAAACGAAAACUGUCAAAAAAUCAACAUAUAAAUCAGUUUCUAAUAUCCAUCAAUUGAAUACUAAAAACUCAGAUGAUGAUGAAAAAAAUACGUACAAUGGAAACUCUACACAACAAUUGUAACUCAUCAUUUAUCACUAUUAACUAUAAACUGUUUUAACUUACUAUUGUAAUGUGAUGAAUAUAUUAUUCUCUUAAAAACUUAAACAAUAUUAUAAAUGUAUAAAAACUGUUCUAAUUUUUUUUUUUUUUUUUUUAAUGGUAAUUUAUUAAUUAUAUUAAUUUAUUUACUAUUAUAAUUGAUUAUAUUUAAUUCUUGAUCAUGAAUCAAAAUUUAAUUUUUUAUAGUAUUAUAUAAAAUAGUUUGAUAGUUUGUAAUUUUUCAAUUUAUUAUAAAAAAAUUUUUAUUAUUAUUGAAAUAUUACAGGUAACACCCAAUUCAAAAUAUGAUUUAUUAAUGGGAUAAUAGUUAAAUGGCCAACACUUUAGCCAUAAAAUUACUUUGAUUAAUUAAUAAUAUAAUUAUUAGAAUAAUUGUUUAUUAAAUAUGUUAAAAAUAUUGUUAAUAUUGUCCACAUUAAUAUUAACUUACCUAAUGUAUUAGUAGAUAAACUAGGAGCAUCCUAUUAUAAUACACGCUGACUAAAGUAUUCAAGUAAAAACAUUUUUAUUAUACAAAAAUAUAAUUUUAAAAUAAAAAAUUUAGUAUUGUCAUAAAAAAAUACAGUAUCAUAAUUUAACUAAACUAUAAGUGUUUGUAAACACUAAGUUAUCACCAAAUCAAUUGUUAAUUUAAUAAAAAUAUAAAAUAUAA